GGAGAAAGCAGAGAGGGAGCUGGUGUUUUUGCAAGCAUUUACAUCAGCAUCGCUUCAGAAAAAUCUCUGCUGCCACAGCUGAAGUCAUCCAUGGAAGAGGAUGCACAAGGCAGAUCAAGGGAUGGGAAGAGAAACAGGCUUAGUGGGAAGUACCUCAACAGCAUUCACAAGGUACAGUGAUUGAUGUCCACUGUGUAUCUCAACAGUGGGAGCUACACCAGUUUUUAUCCUCAGAGACCAAAGCAGCAGACAGCUGCAUCAGGAAAUACUCUGAUUCAGGUUGCAUGUGACUGACGACAGACAUGAAGACUUUCUAAAUGGGCAGGAAUCAUAAAAUCUGAACGCCUGACGAUCACAGCAUCAUCCACCUGACCACGAGCUUACAGCUUAUGACCUCAUUUUGAAGCCACUGUUUUCUGGCCGUACUUACUGGCUUUGAAGGAUGGGUGAUGGGCCUGUGACUGAUCCUGCCUGCCUGCCCCAUCCCACCCUUCAAUGGAGCCGAUGUGGAACUCCUCCCACCCACCUCCACAGCUCAUGUCCAACAUGUCUGCCUCCUCUCUGCCUGAGGGCUGGGCUCUGUCCCAGUCGCUAGCCCUGCUGGCCAUGCUGCUCAUGGAUCUGCUGGCUGUGGUGGGUAAUGUGGCUGUCAUGGCGGUCAUUGCCAAGGCCCCACAGCUCCACAAGUUUGCCUUUGUCUUCCACCUGUGCGUGGUGGACCUGCUGGCAGCCCUGGUGCUGAUGCCCCUUGGCAUGCUCUCAAGCCGAGCCUUCUUCGGGGAGGCCCUGUGCCGGAGCUACCUCUUUCUCAGUGUGUGCCUGGUUAGCGCUGCCAUCCUCUCUAUAUCCGUAAUCAAUGUGGAGCGUUACUACUACAUCAUACACCCGAUGCGCUAUGAAGUGAAGAUGACUGUUGGUCUAGUAGCGUCAGUGCUGGUGGGGAUAUGGGUCAAAGCCCUGGCCAUGUCUGCUCUGCCACUCCUCGCCUGGUUCCUGCAAGGUGGAAGAACUCCUCUUCUGGAGAGUAGUGGGGUUGGUGGAGGUGGAGGUGGGGCAGUCCCAUCUCCCCCUGCUCAGGGUCACAGGCGCUGCUCACUACAUUGGACAGGGGGAGGGUCAAACCGCUUGGCCUUCAUGGUCCUGUUUACUCUGGUGUAUUUCCUGUGUCCACUAAUGGUCAUUCUUGUUGUGUACUGCAAUAUGUUCAAAGUGGCUCGGGUAGCAGCCAUGCACCACGGGCCUCUGCCUACCUGGAUGGACACACCUCGUCGGCAGCGGUCAGAAUCGCUCAGCAGCCGUUCCACAAUGGUUACCAGCUCUGGGACGGGGAGUGGGACGGGCAGAGCGACUCCGCAGCGCCCCUUUGGGGGAGGAAAGGCUGCAGCAGUGUUGGCAGCAGUAGGUGGGCAAUUCCUUUGUUGCUGGAUGCCCUACUUCACUUUCCACCUGUAUUCAGCACUGGCUGCCACCCCUCCAGCCACUCUGGCCUCUCUUGAGGAGGUGGUCACCUGGAUUGGCUACUUCUGCUUCACCUCCAAUCCCUUCUUCUAUGGCUGUCUCAACAGACAGAUCCGGGAGGAGUUGGGCAAGCAUCUGCCUUGUCUGUUUCGUCGAGCAGGGCUUGAGAUGGAGGACAGACUGCCCAGCCGUGAAGGAUCCAUAGAGGAGAAUUUCCUUCAGUUUCUUCAAGGCACUGGCUGCAACUUGGAUCCUCAAAACUCUCACAGCACCUCCAGUCCUAAAGGGGAGGCCUGCUGCCCCGUGGCUCAGUCCCAACCACCUGAGCCAGCACAGCCUAUUCCAAUUGAUUUCCGUAUCCCUGGACAAAUUGCAGAGGAGACUUCAGAGUUUACGGAGAGUGAACAGGCGAAAAACAACCAUAUAUUUACAGACAAUUAAGUUUUUAACGUCUUUAUUUUCUGAAAAUAAGACAAAUUUUCAUCAUUUAGAUAUAGACUG